UUUAGACCAAUUAAAUUCCUAGGUUCUCCCGCCCGGUCUAGGAGUAUAAAAACUCCUCCCAGCCACAUUUAUUCAGUUACCUCUUACACAGGAGCCGAAGUUCCUUCCUCGUGAGAGUAAAGUUUGGUUGAAGUGACGUCAGUACUUCAGAAAAAUGCGUGAGUGCAUCUCCAUACACGUUGGUCAGGCUGGAGUCCAGAUUGGCAAUGCCUGCUGGGAGCUUUACUGUCUGGAACAUGGGAUCCAGCCAGAUGGGCAGAUGCCCAGUGAUAAGACUCUUGGAGGAGGAGAUGAUUCCUUCAACACCUUCUUCAGUGAGACUGGAUCAGGAAAGCAUGUCCCCAGAGCUGUUUUUGUCGACCUGGAGCCCACAGUCAUUGAUGAGGUUCGCACUGGGACCUACCGCUCUCUGUUUCACCCUGAGCAGCUGAUCACUGGUAAGGAGGAUGCUGCCAAUAACUAUGCCCGUGGACACUAUACCAUUGGCAAAGAGCUAAUUGAUCAGGUGCUGGAAAGGAUAAGAAAACUGUCUGACCAGUGCACUGGUCUGCAGGGCUUCCUGGUUUUCCACAGUUUUGGAGGUGGCACCGGCUCUGGCUUCACCUCCUUGCUGAUGGAGCGCCUGUCAGUCGACUAUGGCAAAAAGUCCAAACUCGAGUUCUCCAUCUACCCAGCUCCCCAGGUGUCCACUGCUGUGGUUGAACCAUACAACUCCAUUCUGACCACCCACACCACUCUGGAGCACUCAGACUGUGCCUUCAUGGUGGACAAUGAGGCCAUCUACGACAUCUGCCGCAGAAACCUUGACAUUGAUCGUCCUACCUACACCAACCUCAACAGGCUGAUCAGUCAGAUUGUGUCUUCCAUCACUGCCUCCCUCAGAUUUGAUGGUGCCCUCAAUGUUGAUCUGACAGAAUUCCAGACCAACCUGGUGCCAUAUCCUCGUAUCCAUUUCCCUCUGGCCACGUAUGCCCCUGUCAUCUCUGCAGAGAAGGCCUACCACGAGCAGUUAACAGUGGCCGAGAUCACCAAUGCCUGCUUCGAACCAGCCAAUCAGAUGGUGAAAUGUGACCCCCGUCAUGGCAAAUACAUGGCCUGCUGCCUUCUGUAUCGUGGUGAUGUGGUGCCCAAAGACGUGAACGCUGCCAUCGUCACAAUCAAGACCAAGCGCUCCAUCCAGUUCGUGGACUGGUGUCCGACUGGAUUCAAGGUUGGCAUCAACUACCAGCCUCCCACUGUGGUUCCUGGUGGAGACUUGGCCAAGGUCCAGAGGGCGGUGUGCAUGCUGAGCAACACCACCGCCAUUGCAGAGGCCUGGGCUCGGCUCGACCACAAGUUUGACCUGAUGUACGCCAAACGUGCCUUUGUUCACUGGUAUGUGGGUGAAGGAAUGGAGGAGGGAGAGUUCUCUGAGGCCAGAGAAGACAUGGCAGCACUUGAGAAAGAUUAUGAGGAGGUGGGAGCUGACAGUUUGGAGGAAGAGGAUGAAGGUGAAGAAUACUAACCAGGCAUUUUGUCUGAAGUAUGCCAUGUUUUAAAUGGAAAACGGUUAAAUAAAAUGUUUUGGCUAAA